GGACCGGCUGGCUGGUGUGAAGAGCAUUGGUGGCCACAGAGGUGGUGUGAAGAUGGCCUUCAGCAGCUCCCAGCCUCCCUACCUGAGCCCGGGUGUCCCCUUCUCCGGGAAAAUCCAGGGGGGUCUCCAGGACGGACUUAAAAUCACAAUCAAUGGGACCAUUCUUUACUGCAAUGGAACCAGGUUUGCUGUGAACUUUCAUAGUGGCCACAGCGACAGUGACAUCGCCUUCCACUUCAACCCUCGCUUUGAGGAGGGUGGAUAUGUGGUCUGUAACACGAAGCAGAAAGGAUCCUGGGGGUCAGAGGAGAGGAAGAUGCAGAUGCCCUUCCAGAUGGGGAAUCCAUUUGAGCUCUGCUUCAUGGUGAACAGCUGCGAUUUCAAGGUGACGGUGAACGGGAGCCAUUUUACGCAGUAUUCACAUCGCGUGCCCUUCCACUAUGUGGACACCCUCUCCAUCACUGGGGCUGUGCAGCUGUCCUACAUUAGCUUCCAGUCUCCAGGCGUCUGGCAGAGCAGCUCGGCUCCCAUCACUCAAACAGUCAUCCACACUGUGCAGACCACCCCCGGACAGCCGUUCCCUAAUCCUAUCAUCCCACCCACGGCGUACCCCACCCCAACCUAUCCGAUGCCUUUCUUCACCUCCAUCCCGGGUGGGUUGUACCCCUCCAAGAGCAUCAUCGUGUCAGGCACCGUCCUGCCCGGUGCCAAGAGGUUCCACAUCAACCUGCGCUCUGGGAAUGACAUUGCCUUCCACCUGAACCCCCGCUUCAAUGAGAACACCGUGGUCCGCAACACGCAGAUCAACAACUCUUGGGGGUCUGAGGAGCGAAGCCUGCCCCGAAAAAUGCCUUUUGUCCAAGGCCAGAGCUUCUCGGUGUGGAUCAUGUGUGAGGGCCACUGCUUCAAGGUAGCUGUGGAUGGUGAGCACCUGUUUGAGUACUACCACCGCCUGAAGAACCUGCUGGCCAUCAACAACAUGGAAGUGGCGGGCGACGUCCAACUGACCCACGUGCAGACAUAGGUGGGGCUCCGCGGCCCUGGGGAUGACACGGCUGGGGCAUGCUGCUGUCUGGAUCUGCUCAUCACCUUCAUGUUCCCCGUCCCCCUGUCCCUGUCCCUGCCUCAGUCCUUCCCAGCCUGCUGAAGGACUUGGGGCUUUUCUGGAGAGAUGGUGUCCUUGUCUGGCUCUGCUUCCUGCUGUAGCCAGGCUGGAGGGGAGGAGGCACCUGGCGGGGCUGCACCUGGGCUUCCAGGCUUCCUCGGGCAGGGCAGCACCUGGGGCUCCAGCUGCCUAAAUCCUACCAUCUGGGGAGAGGAGGGUGGUCUCUGCAGGCUAAGCCCUACGUUCGGUCCCCUUGGCAGAAAGGGAGAGUCCUGGGCCUUCCCAAGCUCCCAGCCCAGGCCUCCACCCCAUCUGCUGCUCAGUCACAUCUCCCCCCAGUUAACUCCAUCUUGGCCUCAAGCCACCAGCUGUUCAUUCCACAGGGGAGGCGGUCUCCUACCUUCAACCUUUCCUUCCACCCAGGUCCAACCCUACCUGCUCCAGGAAAGAUACCCCGAUUCUCCACUGGUCUCCACCACCAGGACCUUUCUCAGCAGGGGGCGCUUCUCUUUCCCAGUCUUUCAAAGAAAGACAAAUGCUUGUUGGCACAUCCACAUG